ACUGCCUAAUGCUAAAACAUCAUUUUGGUCAGAGAAGUGAUUUUAUGUCAUUAAAAUGCAAUUAUGGUUAAUGACAGGAUGGAUUCCAAAAAUCUGGCAAUGUUUGUAAUACUCAUCCUUCAAUGUUCAGUGGGAAUUCUGAAAAAUAUCUGUCUUCUAUCUUACUACUUAAUGCUUCAUUAUAAUAAACACACAUUAAAACAAAUUGAUUUGAUUUUCAUGAACAUGUUCAUAGCCAACUUCUUCAUCAUUUUCUCUAGAAUUGUGCUACAGACAAUGGAAACUUUUGGGAUGGAACUGUUCUUCAAUGUAUUUGUUUGCAAAUUCCCUAUGUAUACUGAAAGAGUUGGCAGAAGUGUUUCCAUUGGUACCAUCUGUCUCUUGAGUGUCUUCCAGGCCAUCACCAUCAGUCCCAGUGACUCGUGCCUUAAUGGCCUUAAAGUAAAAGUUCCAAAGUACAUCAGCCUUUCUAUUUUCCUAUGCUGGGUCCUGUUUUUGGGGUUAAAUAUGAUUUCACCAAUGUAUGUAUAUAUUAAGUGGAACAGCAAUAAUGUAACAUAUAAAAGAACUUCAAAUUACUGCUUUAGUUUAGGUCAUGAUGAAUUUUCAGGCCCAAUGAUUACAACAUUUUUUGUAUUCCCUGAAGUCUUGUUUGCUAUCCUUAUUGUCUGGUCUGGGAGCUUAAUGGUCAUCAUUUUGUAUAGGCACAAGCAGCGGGUUCAACAUAUCCAUUGCACUUAUGCUCCCACCAGAACAUCUCAUGAAUCAAGAGCCACUAAGAACAUUCUGGUGCUAGUGUCACUCUUUAUUGGCUUUUAUUCUCUCUCCUCCAUCUUACACACUUGUGUUGCUCUUUUUUGUGGUGCUGGCUGGUGGCUGAUUAACAUCACAGUCAUCAUUCAUCUGUGUUUUCCUACUUUGGGACCCUUUAUUGUGACCCCUGACACUGCUUUGCCCAGAUUCAGCUUAUCCUGGAUAAGAAAUACAGAAAGAACAUAACUUUAUUAUAUUUGUGUAAAUUAUAUGAAUUUAGUCAUUUAUUUUCAAGCAUCAAUAUAAAACCUUAUAGUAAAAGCCAUUUUCUUUCUUAGGGGAACUGUAAUAAUUGUUUAGGCUAUAUAUUGUGUUCACCAUCUCCUAUAUGUGCAGAGCAAAUGGGAAUGAAGUAGUUGCCCUUUACUCAAUACAUAUAGUUCGUUUGGCAAAAAACUUAAGUAGUUUUUCUCAAGGCUAAGAGAAGAGUUUAGACAUUGAUCCGCAAGUGUUUUCCAUAAUGUUUUAACAAAAGAGGAUAAAAACGAAUUAUGUUUCUAAGAAGCAAAACAGUUACUAGAGUAGUGGAUAUUGUUAGAAGAUAGGUUACUAUUAAGUUUAUUAAGUAUAUUUAAUCAUUUUGCAAAAUUUUUCUCUGUACUUUUUAUUAUAUUUCUGUGAUAUUGAACUCUAGGAAACAGACACAAUGUUAGUUUUUAGAGCAAUGUAUAAAAUAAGUUUGCUGCACAAUAAAAUAAAACUUAA